GAGGUGGAUUUGUUCAUGGAGUACACUGGCUCAAUUACAUAUGAGCUUCCAAGCAGAUUUUCUCCCCCAUUCACGGGAAUGGCUUUAAAUCCGGUUCCGAGCCUUUUGAGUUUCCCGUCGACUCAUUCCAUUGCUUCGCCCGCCCUGCUCCAGCUCGUUGUCGUAUUCCUUCAUUCUAUUGCAGGCGCCAAUGGCUGCUUCUCCUCUAUUUUCAGCUUCGGCGACUCCAUCGCCGAUACCGGAAACCUUCUGAUAUCCGAACAGGGUAACAUCGAAGCUGCCAGGCCCCCCUACGGCGAGACAUUCUUCCAUCGCCCAACUGGCCGCUUCUCCGAUGGCCGACUUAUUAUCGAUUUCAUCGCGAACGGGAUGGGAUUUCCUUUUAUCCGGCCCUUCCUUGAGGGGCCUGGCAAUGGACGGUUCCGGCGAGGGGUGAACUUCGCCGUCGCUGGGGCUACUGCGCUUGACGUAAGCUUCUUCAGGGAGAGGGGCAUGUACGUCACAUGGACCAAUCUUUCUCUGCAUGUUCAGUUAGGAUGGUUUAAGGAAUUGCUUCCUUCUCUCUGCUCUACCGAUUCAGAUUGCAAGAAUUUACUCGGCACUUCACUUUUCCUUGCUGGGGAGAUCGGUGGUAAUGAUUAUAACUCUCCAUUUGCACAAGGAAAAUCUCUCAGGGAGCUCAAAUCCUAUGUUCCUCUUGUCAUCCAUGCCAUCAGCGGGUUGAUUAACGAUUUGAUCGAGCUCGGUGCGAAGACCUUGUUGGUUCCAGGCAACUUCCCCAUAGGAUGCUUUCCGGUUUACCUCACGAUAUUCGAGCACUCGGAAGAUCGUGAUUUGAGCACAGGUUGCAUCAAAUGGCUGAACGAAUUCGCUCAAUACCAUAACAAGCAGUUGCAGCUGGAGCUAGACCGCCUUCGAGCUCUUCACCCGCAUGCCACCAUCAUCUAUGCUGAUUACUACAAUCCAAUCAUGAACUUAAUCUCCAACCACAGCAGCUGGAACACUUGGAAAGUUCCUAUGGCCCCAUGCUGCAGCGGGGGUCGCCCUUAUAAUACAAAGGUGCAUUGCGGAGAUAGGGCCGCAACCGUUUGCGCUGAUCCGUCGUCUUAAUCAAUAUAUAUCUCAUGGGAUGGAGUGCACCUCACUGAAGCGGCUUACAGAUUCAUUGCCAGUGGAUUGUUGGAAGGACCUUUUGCUGACCCACCUAUAAAAGAGGUUUGCUCGCAUAUACUCCUCAAUGAUGCCUGACCAAGGGUGCAUUUGGGGUAGCUUAUCCGCAGCGAAAUGCAGUCUCACCAUAUGGAAAUUGCGUUUGAGCAGCUUAUUCGAAAACGCAGUUGGUUUUUUACAUUAAACGCGGAACGCUGGUCGAAUCCCUCUAUCCGUGUUUCUGGAUAAAUGGCUUAUCUGGAUAAGCACAAGCUGCCCCAAACACACCCUAAGUUUGCUAUAUCUAAGCAUCUUUAGAAAUAGCUACUGCACUAGUUUGUCGAAUAUUAUUUAAUAUAUACAUAGGAAUUGGGUGGUAUGUAUGUAAAUGCCCCAAAAAUUAAAGUCUGCUAUUGUAUUUAUUUGACACAUCAUUUGCAACCAAAUAUCCUGUAAAUUUUAGUACUUUUACAGAUGGUGCAUUGAUAC